GUUGUGCUGUGGAUGGUCAUCCACCCCCAAACAUCACCUGGCUCUACUCUGGCAAGCCUCUCAGUCUGCGCCAUCACCUCCUGGCAGCGGGCCAGAUUCUUCAGAUACUCAACAUCAGUGAUGCUCCCAAUGGUGAAUUCAGCUGCAUUGCUCAGAAUGAGGCUGGCUCACUGACACAAAAAGCAUCCCUGGCUAUACAAGAAUACCAGUGGUCAGUGGACAAGCUGAUGGCUUGCUCAGCUUCCUGUGGCCACAAAGGGGUGCAGCUGCCCCAGUUAAGGUGCUUACUGGAUGGGGUUGAAGUCAACAUAACCCACUGCAAAGAGAAGCCCAAGCCAGCCCUGCAGCCUGUCGCAUGCAACAGGAGAGACUGCCCCUCACGAUGGAUGGUAACGUCAUGGUCUCCUUGCACACAGAGCUGUGGUGGAGGCAUCCAGAUGCGGCGAGUGACAUGUCAGCGGCUAACAGCAAAAGGCAGCUCUGUCCCAGUGUCAAAUGAGGCAUGUGUCCAGGUGUCCAAGCGCCCUGUGGACACACAGACCUGUAACAGGCAGCCCUGUGUUGAGUGGAUGGCCUCCUCCUGGGGCCAGUGUAACGGGCCUUGCAUUGGACCACGACUUGCUGUACAGCACAGACAGGUAUUUUGCCAGACCAAAGAUGGGACUUCUGUGUCAUCUGAUCAAUGCAGUACCUUGCCAAGGCCGCUGAGUACCCAGAACUGCUGGACGGACGCCUGCGGCGUGCACUGGAGGGUCAGCCUGUGGACCGUCUGCACGGCCACUUGGGGCAACUACGGCUUCCCGCCGCUUCAGAAAGAAAAGCGUGAAUCUCAAACAGACUACUGGCUAUAG